ACGUUUGAAAAAUAUCGAAACUUUUUAGAUACAGAGUUACUCGGCGCUUGUCAAUAAUUCCUAUUAUGAUGAAUAGAAUGCGGUUGACCGUCUUCGUUGGUGUCUUGGCCAGUUGUUGCAUUUUAAGUGAAUGUGCUAAAUUACCUUCAUCUUGGGGAAGGUGCCACAAAUCGGACAAGGACUUUUCAACAUGCCUAAGAAAAAAUGUCGAAGAUGCCAUUCGCAAACUCCGAUAUCCUACUCCCGAACUUGGAAUGAAUGCUUUGGACCCACUAGACAUUCCUGAAUUGUAUAUUGGACAAGGUAAAGGACCAGUAAAUGUGGCACAACAUUUCAAGAAUGUAAAAUUGUUCGGAUUAACUAAUGUCGAUGUUCAAAAAGUAAAUGUUGAUUUCGAGAAGAACCAGCUUGUAGCUCAAUCUACUAAUCCAGAACUGAGACUCCAAGGAGAUUAUGAUAUGAAAGGGCGAGUGCUGCUUUUGCCAAUCUAUGGACAAGGACCAUGUAAUGUUACCCUAUUGAACAUGAAGAUUCUUCAUACGCUGACAUGGGAGAAAAUACAGAAAAAAGGCAAAACAUUUUUGAAACCUGUCGAUUUUAAAGUAUCCAUGGAGCCUGAUAGAGUCAUUUUCAAGUUUGAUAAUUUGUUUGAUGGUCAAAAGGAACUAGGUGAUAAUAUUAAUAAAGUACUGAACGAUGCCUGGGAUGAAGUAUUCGGCGACGUAAAGCCGGGAUACGAAAAAAGCUUCGGUCUGAUAUUUAAGGACCUGGCCAGUAGAAUUCUGACGAGAGUUGCAGAAGACGAGGUGUUCCUAGAAUGAGAUAAACUCAUUUGAUUUUGAAGCUUAGAUGUGAUAGUGAUAAAGCACAAUAUAGUAUUUUGCUUAUUAUAAUUUGUUAUAUAUGUUAUAUAACAACUUUUAUUUAUAAUAGUUUUGGCAUAGAUGUUUUAUUUAGUAGCAUUGAUUUUACUUAACCUUGCCAGUGGUAAUAAGGAAAUACAAGUAUUAAUAAGUUG